CAAGAGACGUGGGCUGAUCGAGCACUCCCUACGGCCUACUAUUACUUACUAACAAACUCCCCACGAACGGUACACGGGAUAUCGUCCUCCCGAAGCAUUUGACACGAAAGGGAGGGAGGGAUCCAUGACGUCUCAUGUCAGCCUCAGCAGCCUCAGCACCCAAUCCACAGGCCUCGUAACUCACUCCAGUCCGCCUCUCCCUCCCUCCUCCUCCAACAAUCAGCUCCAAAAGUGGAAGUGAACACGAACACACAGGGAACGCCAAUCACCGACGACUUUCUAAGACAUGCAUCCCUAAUCAGGCCUCCACGGUCCCUCUCGAAUCCCCUUUCUUCUUAGCCGCCUACGCGCACGCAUCAACCUUUUUCGCUGUCGCCCCGUCGUCGUCGUCGAGAAUUGUCGAAAACCCAAGCAACCCCACGCUGUUUCCGUGCGCGACGAACGCUGGGAAUCGCAUCGAGACGAAGGGAAUAAACGCGUCGACUUCUUCAAUGAUCUUGUAAUACCACAGACAACACAUACAAGAACACUCUCCACCAACCCGGCCCAUCCGGCGCGCCUCUCAACCAUGUCAUUCAAAGACGACACCACCGCCUCGCACCACCUCCUCCCCCCCUCCUCGCCCUCCCCCCCUCUCUCCCCCCUCGUCUCCCCCCUCCCCGACGCCCCCCCCCGCCCCUCCUUCUCCCGCCGCCUCCGAUCCUCCGCCUCCCACCGCCGGCGCCCCUCCCUCUCCACCCCCUCCACAGCCGCCUCCUACCUCCUCAAAGCCAAGAUCCUGCAGGAUAAAGCCCUCGCGCUCUGGGCCUCGGCAACACUCACCCAACGCAUCCUCUUCGUUGGCGCCUACAUCUUCUUCUCCACAAUCGGCAUCCUCUUCAUCGUCUACUCCGAGUCGCUCUUCGCCGCUCUCGCCCCCGUCGCCGUGAAAUGGCGCGCCCUACCGGGGGGCUGGCUCAUCAGCUUCGCCCUCAUCUUCAUCACCGCCUUCCCGCCCGUGAUCGGCUACACAACCGCCCUCACCAUCGCCGGCUUCGUCUACGGCAUGAAAGGGUGGUUCAUCUGCGCCAGCGCCAACGUAAUAGGGUCCUACUGCUCCUUCCUCGCCAGCCGGACCAUCCUCUCCAAAUACGUCCACCGUCUCGUCGGCGAAGACAAGCGUUUCGAAGCCUUCGCCUCAAUCCUCAAGCACGACGGCAUCAAAGUCCUCGUGAUGAUCCGCUUCUGUCCCCUCCCCUACAGCAUCUCCAACGGCGCCAUGUCCACGCUCCCCACCGUUCACCCGCUUGCGUUCACCGCCGCGACCGCGAUGGCGACGCCGAAACUGCUUAUUCAUGUUUUUGCGGGGAGUAGGCUGGCUGCUAUUGCUGAGGCGGGCAGCGAGAUGGAUCGCACGACGAAGAUUGUGAAUUAUGUUUCCAUGGCGGUUUUUGGGAUCCUAGGCGCGGUGCUGGGGUUUGUGAUUUAUAGGCGCACGAUGGCGAGGGCGAGGGAGUUGGAGGCGGAGGCGAUUGGGGGGGAGGAGGGGACGUGGGAUGGGGAUGAGGAGGAGAGGGUUGGGUUGGCGGAUCCGGUGGGGUUUGAGGAGGAUGAUAUUAGUUUGUGGGAUAAUGAUGACGCGGGGUAUAGGGAUGAUUGGACGGAUGAGGAGGGGAGGGUUGAGACGGAGGGGGGGAGGUGAGAGUGGGUUGUUAGAAGGGAAGAAGAGGUGUAGAGAUAUGGGGGUGUAGAUUGGGGCUUGAAGUGGUGUUUGGGGUUGGCGUUGAUUUGGAUAUAGCAUCACCUGGCAAAAGAUCGAUAGAAGCGGGUUCUGAUUUUGUACGGCAUUAUUAUGACAGCGAAGAUGAAGAGAUAAAACGGAAUAGAAUACAUAUAUUUCUGCUGUACAGCUACGAAUAGACAAGUUUAAAUAUUA